CUCGGUGAAACUUGAAUUGGAGCAAGGGAACUCGGAUAGAGCAAGCGAGAGGAAAUGAAGAGGUACAUAUGAUAGUGUACGAUAAGUACAGUAUGCACAUCAAUGGAUAAGCAGCAAUCCGCUCCAAGUCCUCGUGAUCUAGUGGAUAGGCCGGAUCAAUGAAUCGUGUUUAGGUACUUAGUUAUAUGCAAGUCAAAGUGUUUUGAGCAGAUGGUGGUCAUCGAUUGAACAAGAGGGCAGCAAUGAGAGGUCAAGCUGACUCGUCUAAGCUGAGAGGGGCAGAAGAUCUAGCGAGGAAAGCUACGUACGGUAUUGGUGAUUGAUCAGGUUUGUUUGUUUUCAUGUGGAAGGACCUAGCUAAGCAAAACAUCACCAGAGUGAAUUUGCCAAUGGCAUGAAGAUGAUGUAAAAGGCGGGGAGCAAUAACUAGCAGGUACGAUUCAUGGCAAGAGGGAGCCAACUUUAGGACUCAUCUCUCUAAAGCAUCUACAGAUACCACAGCAGCUGAUGAUAGAUAACAACUGAUUCAUGGCAAAUGCUUAGGUGGUCCGACUUGUGCUCUCUCAUUCCUAUACCUCAGUACAAUCAUGCUCUAAAUUCUUCUCAUCACUACCCUUGUCGGUACUUGUGUUCCAAGCAGAGGCUGGGCGGUCUUGGCUGUCGACUAACACUCAGCAGCCGCUAGAUUAACUCUGAAAGGAGUAGCGGAUGCUAUUUUGGCGGCUUUUGAAGGAAUUGCAUGAAACAAACAGCAUGGAUGACAUUGUCUUUGUGUCACGAGCUCAAUAUGCUGUUCGUGUCUACGUCAAGGAUUACAAGAUACUGACAAAAGAACAGAAUUCCAUUUGAGCUUUGAUACUUGGCAAUCAUCACAGCUGAAGAUGGAGCAACAUGGGCUCUCCGGAUCUUCACUCCGCUAGGAGCCGUCGAUGAUCGUCGGUAUAGCUUCGUGUAUGUCCUCUCCUCGCAUUGGCGUUGGCAUUGGCUUGGACGUUAGAUGUCGAAUCUCAUCUUACCUCAGGACACCUCAACCAAUGCAUGAGGUCAAGUUCGUGCCCUUCUGCAAUGACCACUUCCUUGGAUUGGCCAAUCUCAGUAACGAGAGGGUGUGUAUAACCACGAGUUGAUGGCUUUGCCGUUCCUCUCAGUAUGCCACGGGGACACUUUCUCGGUGCUCAGCUCCUCUUUCGUCUGUGAUCUUCUGCAACGCGACUGUUCGCCACACUUGUCGUCGCCGUUGCAGCCACAAAUUGACUCGGCUCAACUUUGGAAAGUUCCCUCCCAUUGACAAGAUCGAGUCAAACGCCUUUUCCGUCUCCUCGCGGGAUAUCAUUGAAUAGUAGCCAUGGAGCCAAGCAGCCAUCGGCACAUGUCAGAAACUCUCGUUCUCGUCGCUUAUUCUCUUCGGCUUCUUUCUCCUCCCGCGGCCGUGAUGAAUCGCGAUAGCUGGUCUCGUGGUUCACGACACCCGCCACACGAUUGAGUGCAGUACUAUCAACAGAUAUUGGGUUGGACGCUAGUUCGACACAGGGGACAUUGUUUCGCCCUGUCCGAAGAUCUCGUUCGCCGCCAUGCGAUCGAGGCUGUCACGCCAAAAUCCCCCGCCCCUUGCUAUUAGGUGACGACUGCAGCUGUUCAGUCAUGUCUCACAACCGUCCGGCGCAUGCAGAGAGUCUCGAGACGACAGUGCUUGCUCCCUCCCUCUUCCGCCCCCUUUAGCUCAGGCGCUUGACUUGGACAAAGCAAUGCUGCGAAACUACCUUAUACAGCCCAGUGCUGUAGCUGCGAAUUGAUUUGCUGUGCGUAGCACGUUGCAGAGGCUGGGUUAGCAGACGACAUCAGGUAUUCUGUACUUGAGCCUUUUUGCCAAGCCUCUCUCGUCCGUUUUCCAAGUACCGGUACCUAUGUACCUCGCAUCAGGACCCAUGCGACUUGCGCCUGUCUACGCCGUCCCUGCGUGCUUCUUCGUAUUUUCUUUUCAAAGUACGAAGUCACUCUCUUAAAGCCCGACACUUGAUUUCUCGUUGCCUUCGGGGCCUUCGUAUCCGCCAGCCGAUGCUUAGAAAGUGCUGACUGAAUCUUAGCACCUCGCUUGUUGUCAGCCGUUGGAUCUUAUACGGGCUUUUGGAAUGUGAUGAUCGAUACAUCCCCUGUCUAUCACCAAGAGCUUAACGAAGCCACAAGGCUAUCAAGUAGUUAGGAUAGCCGCAAAGGCCAGCUUUUUUUGACAUGACAGGGUAACAAAUACGGCCAGUUACCAUAUUUUGAUCCCUAGGCAGUCUUUCUGCUUCUUUCUUUCAAUCUUUGAGUCCCCAGAGGCACUGUUUACAAUCCUGGACUUCUAUCAAGAACAUGGCAUGCAUGGGUAGGGUUAUUUCCGAACCAAGUUUUCGUCUCCUCCUACCGUCGAUCCAACCUCGACAUGGAAAUGAGCGUCAUAAUUACACGAGCAGUUCAGGUCAACCAUUACCGAAUUGAAGCUCUAUGUCGAUCAAUUGCAUUUCAGGAUUUCUUUCAAUCACACAAGCAGACAGGUCAGGCCGGUUCAGCUUAGCCUUCAUAAAAGUUGAAGUUACAUAUUCGACGUCACACAAUCAACUUGUCAUACAUCACUGUGGCAUGGUCGGCAAGUUUGUCCAGUCUAUCGCGGAACAUGCCUUGGUACGUAUACUGUACUAUAGCACUCCCGCAGCACGACCGUUGCAACGUGGAGCUUGGGCCUGAUGAACGUUGCGAAUCAGGGACCAGAGGGUUCUUUUUGACUUCACCCGAGCUUCAGAUUGGCCAAUGAAUUUACAGUUGGGUCAGUGAUCCUGAAUCGUGUGGCAUCUCUACAUCCUAACAGCUGAGAAACCACAUGAAGAUCCCAGAGAGAUCGUCUUUCAAGCUUGCGACAUCCCAACAGUCCCAUCUUGCAAUGUUAACGACACUCUCUAUUAUGCAGCAGAGGAUGGGAUCCUUGUCUAACAGUGGUGAAUCUUAGCGCUCCCGGCGCCCGCCACGGAAACAAAGGGCGGCCCAUCCCUCCGUAAACUUAGCAAGUUACUCGGGGUUUCCUUGUCCAAGAAAGUUUUCCGCAAGGCACCAUGCAUGUCAAGUCAUGCAUGAAGAGGAUUUUUGAAGGCUUCUUUUUGGUCGUCGCCAAUAGCCGGGGGAUGUGUGUGUCGCACAACAAGAUAUAUGUCGCUUCCCGUUGCCUAUUCCAAUAGGUUUCUGGCCAAUUUCCGAGCCAAGGACUAUUUGCGGUCAAUACCAGCGAGUCAAUCAGUUCUUGAAUCAGUAAAUGGGUUUGAUCUCUUCGGCAGAAGCGAAGAUUAGGUUUGCUUCUUUGUCAGAGUCGAUCGGGGCAGAUUUGUCCCAGCGUUUCGAUGCCCCUGAGGCCUUGUUUCAUUGGGGAGUAUUGGUUCUGGGGACUAGGCUUUGAGCCAAUCGAUCUCAUGUUUCAAUGGCGUAGAGCUUUUGCUUUUUUACUCAGACUUCGGGCUUUCUUACCCCCUGGACAAGCAGACAGGCUAGAGGAAGAGGAUGGUGGUUUCGUUUCAGGGGCGCCACUUUGAUUGAUCAAAAAGCAAUGAAACGUCCUGGGGCUGGCUCGGGCGUGCUGGCGUACCGCCACGUGGAUAAGAUACUGUACGCAGAAGUUGUGGUUGGAGCUGGCAACGUGGGACGAAGACUUCUGAGAAACUGGCUUACAAACACGUUCCCUUGGAAGAGUUUUGACCAACAGCCAACAACCCAAGUUGGGUUUCUUUCAGUGAGUCGCUGUAUAAGUUAGUAUCAGCUAUACUGAGCGACUGUUCACUGCGUGCCACAGAGACUAGAUGACACAGCAAUUUGCUUCAAUGUGCUUGCAUCUGCUGCAUUACCAAGCCACGCGAGUUGAGUGAUUAAUUCACAGGUUGCAAAUGCACAGAGACGAGUUGACGGCUGCAAGUGAGACGAACAAGUGCAGAAUAGUCAAGGAUCACCAGUCAAUUCUCGCCAAUGAUAUGCUGGUGACCAUCUAGACUAUAUUUAGUGAUACGAGCGAACGUCACUGAUAGCAGUUUUGUGGAACAUGUCAGUGCUUCUCCCUGCAGCAUUCUUUGGGUUUUGAAAGGGUUAUUUCGAGAUCAGAUGAUGGCUCAAAGCUCAGAGUUAUCAUUCAUAGUAUCAGAAACUCAACAUGGCAUCUCUUGAGUACCUCCUGAGUUGUCUGGAUUAUCAUAUAUCGAUCAAGAUCAGUUGCAGGGUUUAGAGAUAAAACUUUCCCAUAAUUAGGGACGAAAUUAAACAUGACCAAUAGCAAAGACAUCGUUUAUCAAAGACAUCUAUCGCAUUUGUCUGAAGCCACUGUUUAAGAUCUGCACAAAUCUCCAUUUCUUGAAACAAUACUGACACGACUGAGUUGGGCUGCCAUAUGCCAUCACGUGAUGCCACUUCUCUAUGUUUCCACGGCAACACGUAAUAUGGUGUUUAUCCUUUUCAGUAAUCGCGACAAACUAAUUAAGCCGAAAGCGCAGCCAAAGAAGAGAUUACGAUUUUGACAAGAUAAAACACAACCGCAACCAUGGCGUACAAUCCGCGAAUGAGCAUUAUUCCAACCUCGCAGCAACAAUCGCGGACUCGAAAAAAGGAGGAAGAGGCAGAUGCUUUUAUGCGUCUCCCUGACCGCGAAAUCGUUGGCUGCAUCACCGACAUCGGCAUCAACUUCACCGUCGCAGAUCUUCAAAAGCCAAAUGCAGCACAUGUUCAGCAAAUCUUUGAGUGGUUCGCCGAACUCCUUCUCAAUGCGACGCGUGAGACUGUUGAGCCGGCCAUGCGAGCUGCCGCCGAGGAUAUUGUGGGAGAAUACUCGGAUGUCAUCCCUCCGGACACUCGCAACCUGAUGGGCUUUUAUGUGUCGCUGCGCAGGCUGUUGUUUGAGUGCGGCAUCACCGAUUUCAGCUUCAACGACUUGUAUAAGCCGACAUAUGAUCGCCUCGUGAAGAUUUUCAGUUACCUAAUCAAUUUUGUUCGAUUCCGCGAGUCACAAACGGCUGUUAUCGACCAGUACUAUAACAAGGCAGAGUCGACAAAGACACGCAUUGAGACGCUCUAUGCCGAGAACCAGGAGAAUGAGGGUCGUCUGGAAGAUAUGAAACACAACCGCAAAGCCAUGGAGGCGCAAGUCCGAGAAAAGACAAUGAGGAACGAGGAGCUCAAGAAGAGACUGCUAGAGCUUCGACGGAACCAGGAAAGGGUUGCUGCACGGCUGGAAGAGGCCAAGCAGAAGAAGGGCGAGCUCACUGCAGUGUUGGAACAAAAGACCCACGAAAAGGUUACCUUGAAACAGGAAAGCACAAAGCUGCGACCUUAUGUGCUCCAGAGCGCCUCAGAUCUUCAGGAGAACUUGGCCGAGCUGCGUGAAAUUCUCAACAACGAUAAAUCACACAUCGACGCAUUGGACCGAAGAGCACGAGCCCUGCAGACCUCAACGGAUUCAUUCUCAGUCGUCUCAACAGAUGUUGCAUCAUGCAUAAAGAUCCUCGACGAGAUCGCUGCAGAGCUGGCCAAGGAAGAGGAAGAACUAGCACGUAAUGCAAAGCAGCGUGAUGCCCUCUCAGAGCGCGGUAACAACGCGCGUGAAGUCGAGCGCACCGAGACUAUGCUGAAACGUCAGUUGAACAAGUGGACAGAGAGGACAGAGAAACUCCGCGAGCAGAGCAACCAGAAGGCGAGGGAGGCGAAGGAGAAGAUGCAUGAGCUCCGGGCAGUGCACAAGCAGCUCACUGAGGAACAGACUGAGAAGGGCAAGGAGAUGGAGGUUCGACGUGUCAGAAUCGAGCAGACUGAGAAAAAGAUGCUUGACUUGAAGGAGAAUAUUGAGAAUGAGGUUCAUAGUGCGCAUGAAGAGUACCGAAAGAUGGAGGCACACAUCAAGCUGUACAUUGCUGAGAUGGAGCAGGCUAUUGCUUAAGUCUGUCUAACGGUGGUUUCCGUGUUUGUCAUGCUUUAUGUUAUGGUUGGCGGCAAUAUUUGGGAUACCUUAGAUACCAUGGGUUGGCGUUGAAGGCUGUAAUGAUGAUAUGUUAAUGUUGACGCCUAUUAUGUCUCUUUUGAUCAUGGUAAUCAAGAUUUGAUAUUCAUUGACUAUUUCACACAUUGUCCGAGUGUAUUGUGCACUUGGUAAUAGGGAAACUCGUCACAGUUUCUAAUGGGAGAGCACCAACCAGUUCAACCUUCUUGUUCACGAGUAUCGAAUUCGAACCAUCGACUCAAGACUUGCUUGAGACUGACUGUCCGUCCACUCCAUGACCCAUCGUCUCUUCUCGAUGUGCCAUUCAACAGAGGCAUCAUCUCUCCUCCAAGGUGAUCCAGGGUAUCGUGUCCUCCUAUCCCUUUUGGCUCAAUGAUGGCAGCUCUAAACUCGUUUCGCGAGGCAGCAUCGACUAGGAGAGCAGCUGAGUUACCGAUGCCUUGCGCAGACCAUUCACUUGCGUCCCUGUGAAGAGCCAGAAGACCGUAGACCAGAAGCAGUGAUGGUCGAGAAGUGGGCGUAUAGUUUGGUGGUGCUGGUAUGAGUGAGUCCUUUGGUGUAAAGACAGAGAGAAAGGCGCGUAGAUGUGUGACAGUUGGCGCAAAUAGAAAUCUAAUGUGGCGGGAUAUGGCUAUUUGAUACAGGGGUGCUUUUAGGAGCUGAUGAGAAGGUUGUGUUUCUGAGCUUCCUGAGUCUUCGAGUUGUAGUUGUUCUUCUUGAAGGGUGAGAUGGUGUGUUAUGUCCUCGAUGAGUGAGCUCUGAAACUCUUCUUUUGAUGAGCCGAUUAUUAUUGUCGAAGGAUAUCUAUGGUACGAUAUGAUAUACGAUAGAAGCUCGGAAGGAGUUUUUGGCGAGACGACGAUGGGUUGAGAGGAUUCCAUAAUGUGAUGUUGCCAUUGAGUUUAUCCAGGGUAGCUCAUAUCAAGAAGGUUAAGCAAAGAGAGUUGAGUUUCGAGUUUGAUAUCGCAUGUUUAAACCCUAAUGACAUAUUUUGUGGAAUGACUGUCAUAAUGGCAUUUUAGGAAACUCGAAUGCUGUUCUCAAUCUUCAGGUCAAUAUAUUGAUACAAGGUUGAAG